AUGACUGGCCACAUCGCAGAAGAAGAAGAAGGUGGCAGCAGUGCAGCAGCAACGGUCGAAUCUCCACAAAGGGCGCAAGAAGAAGAACACACGGAACAGCAAUAUGUGCCAGAAAUUCCAAUCGAAGCACAGCGAGCAAACUUUGGCUUGCUAUGUGCCGCUCAUAAUCCGGAGGGACAGUGCGUGAAUCCAGCGGUUAUCCCGUGCCAGAUAUGCCAGCUUGUUGCAUACUGCACCGAAGAAUGCAUGAGGAAAGACGCAGAACGUCACUCUGGCGAGUGUCCUCCACCAACGGAGCCCCCGUCACGUUCCGAGCCGACAAGCGAAAUCCCAGAUGACCCUGUGCAAGAUGAGGGGUUCUUCUGGGCCAACUAUGCUGCGACUGACGUUUUGAACUUGGCGGCGAACGAGGGGAUAGAGUUCGACGGCUUUUUGCGUAUUCUCCUCAGUGGCACUUUUGGCCUCCGGCAUCUCAUUUACUCUAUUGUCGCCAUGCCAGAAACUGCUUGUCCAUAUCUCGAGGUAGCAAUAUCCGAGCUGGAGGUGCCGCAUCUCUAUCGGACUUUUCUCUCGCUACUGAUUCUGCGCAAGGGCGAAGAGAUCAACAUGGAUCCGUACGAGGUCGCAGACUUGGUGACGCACGUGUGGUAUUCGUUCAAAUGGCCCCAUCAUGUCGUGGCCUUUUUCAAGAAUCAUUUAGCCGCAGAUUUUGAACCAUUCACCGGCGGCAGAGAAAGUCAUGUUUCACUUGGAAUAGAUCCAAUCAUCAAAUUUUUGUACCCUUCUGACACACUGGCCUUGUGCGUUGGCUUCAGUUUGUUAGCUUGGCGUGCCAUGAAAAUCUUCUUGGAUGACACCAUCAAUCAGAAGCCCAUGAACCUGGAGUCCAUGAAUCAGGAGUCCACGAAUCAGGAGUCCAUCCUUCGAGAUAGAGAAAAGGAUGUCGAGGCAUAUGGCGAGCCUUUGGAAAACGCCUUUGCACGAAUGUCGCCAUCUCGAGUGGCAGGGCUGGUGAAAUGGCGGCAAACUGGCUUGAUGCUGGCUUACGGCGACUCUGGGCUGCCCCAUGCCCAGCUGAAUCCGAUGUUUUACUGCAGUAGACCGGAAAGCUUCACCUGUGAGCCACUUUCCGAAUGGCCAAUGAAUGAAAUCCUGGACUACACCCCGUAUGCUGCCGAAGCAGAUGUAUACGGAAAAAUGGUGGCCUAUGUCCGCGAAAUGCUGGUGAAAUUUCAACUGCGGCUGAAGAGGAGAGGAAUCUUUGUAAAACUCACAAACGCCGGCACAGUGAAGUUGAGUGGGCAUUUGACAAAGUGUUUUGAUAGAGAGCAAAAAUUCGAUCGGAUAGAGGCUGGACACCUCUUCGAUACAAACGCCCCGUUGUGUUUCUUGACGUUCUCCCCUCUGCUUCGGCACCACGAAGAGAAUCCGUUUGCUACCUUGUUAAUCAUGACACGGGGAACCUUUACUCGGUCAGAUAAUCCGCGCACCAGAGAAAUAAUAGCUGAUGAAAAGGUCAAGUUAUUUCAGCCCGUCUCUCAGUCUCUAGACUCAAUAGCACCGCCGGUGCAGACUACUGAUAACAAGUACAGUGCCGCCUGUGUACAUCGGCAUUUUGCUCUUCAAGUAUUUGACCGAGAGUGGGACAUGUUUUCCGAUCGCUGGUUGGCUGAUCCAAACUAUUUCAAUUACGAAGUCAUGCAAACAGAGGAUACGAAACGCGGCAUUUUUCAAACCGGUUGGCUGGGCCUGCAGUUCAAAAGAAAAAAUACAGUCAAGCCGCGGUGGCAGAACCGAUUGAUGCCGAGGACCGGCAAGAUCUUAACGGAAGAAGACGCCAGUAAUUUGAGGCGCUGGAUGAGCUGGUCUACCACAAGGCCAGAACGUUGGCUGGAAUGGAAAAAGGUGAAAGAUAUCUCUUGGGAUAUGUGGUCAGAGUACUGUGAUUAUCUUCCAAUUAUAGGAACGAGAGACUAUACGGUUAUGGAGUUGGAAAACAUGUAUGGUUUCCUCGCAAGGGAAACUGAAUUUCUCGACAUUGAAGAGGAGUAUGAAAAUUGUGCCUGUGGAAGCAAAAAGCGCCGCAACAAGUGUGAACAUGAGCAUAAACAGGAACCUGCCACAUCGACCGAACAGGAGCCUGCCAUGACGAAUGAAGAGGAGGCUGAGAGUGAUGGCUGGAUGCAGAUGGAUUCUGCGGAGGAUUCUGCGGCUGGCGGCGCGAAUGGGAAGUCGAAGCAGAAGAAGAAGAAGAAGAAGAAGCAGAAGAAGAAGGCUGGCAAGAAAUAG